GACACUUUGGGUUUGCGAAAGUAUGACUACGACGAGUGUUUCACUACUGAACUGGCUUUAUCGGUCUCUGGUUUGUUGUCAACUUUGGAAGCUGGCAAUAUUGUGAAAGUUAAGGGCUUUGAUGGUCAUCGUAUUGUUGUUUUGCGUUCUGUUUCUGGGAUAUGGACUGUGGGUUUCAACGGGCGCAUGUUCAGCGAGCUUCAAGAUAAUGAUUUUUUCAAUGUUUCCAUCUUGGCUGCGAACAGUGUUACAUCUAUUUUUCGGAUUUUAACGAACGAGUUCUCUGUGUCUCACAUCACAUAUCAGUUGGAUAUGCAACAGGAAGUGAAGGAAGGGGAAAGUAGCCAUCUAUUUGAGAAAGCUGACAGAAAUGGAGUGUUUCUUGAGGCAGGUGCAUUUGAUGGAAUCAAAUCCUCUAAUACACUGGGUCUAGAACUGCUCAAUGGUUGGACUGGUGUCCUCAUUGAAGACCGACCAGAUCUUUUCAAGUCCGUGCUCAAAACAAAUAGGAAAGCCAUCAUGAUCAACACCUGCAUUGCUCCAAGCAAACAACGUGGAACGGUUGUUGCUCGAAAAUACAACAUGUCACUGCCUUUGGACCCGCAGUUUCCCGCAUCAGCAACAUUGAUGGGAGAACUAGGGUAUCCAGUGAAGAAUGCAAAUUACACUGUAGUUCCCAGGAAUUCAUUUUUGCUUCGAGAUAAGGACAAGGUGGUGUUUCAUACGCCACGUCGUUCUCUCAAAAGUUCCAUUGGUGUGCUGACUCGGGCAACAUCUAGUUGUCCGGAGUUGAUUGGGGCGUCAGUGGGCGACAUC